GACACCUGUUGCAGCCAGCAGGUCCUCUGGCUAAAGUUUGUAACAAGACCCGAUGAAACGCAUGACCGUAGUGUGUGUGUGUGUGUGUGUGUAACGUUACUUCAGCCAUGUCUCUGUCGUUUGUUGUAAACGGUUACACGAGGAAGUCGCUUCUGUUUGUACAGCAGCUCUUAUUUUACCGAGUGGUUGGGCUACUCGAGCUAUUGUAGCAUAUCAUCAGUGCCACUUGGUCAUUUAAGUUAUUGAAAGCAGUAGCGCAAGCCAUGAUGGUAGGCUAUUUGAAGCAUAUUGGCCCAAUUCGUGAAGUGUGUUUAAUUCUGCAGCCUACCUGCGAUGCAGGUGUCACUGAGGCUACUUCCGGUUCCUGAGUUAAGCAUGUCGCAUGGAAACCAUAAUGGCAAUAAUGUUGUUAUGGAGCCUGUUUUAUUGUUCAGGAACCAACUGAAACAUGUGUUUUUGACUGGAUGCCUGUUACUCUAUAGGCCGACCAAUAUUAAAUACAUAUCUAAUAUACAUAACAAAAACAGUGAAAACUAUUUUGGCAAUAUCUGAAAAGGAGUGUCAAAUUGUUUUAUGUUAUAUUUAGGUCUCAGAUGUUGCCCUCUGUGGGUGUGACUGCGCCUCAUUCUAUUGGCUGUGCAACAUCUAAGUAAUAACGAUGAAACAAAUUCAUAGUCAAAGUAUAUUGCACAUGCUUUCAUGUCAUCUUGUCAUGUCCUCUUGAAGGAGAAAGUCAGUUUGGCAGUGAAUGAAUUAAGGAUUACUAUUUAAUGUGUUUGCAAUCUGCUCCCAUGCCUGAGGACAGAGAAAACAAGAUUAUUUCCAAGAUUGCAUGCACUGUAUCUUCAAUGUGGGGCAUAAAGACUGAUCUCUUGUUAUCACAGUGGAUCUAAGGGGCAGGUUUCUUGACUAGAAUAAUGUCUAGUCCUAGACUAGGAUCCUUUUCCUUACACGUCUCUAUUAGAUGUUGCUUUAAUUAAGGCUUAAUUUCAAUCUAGUAAAAUGAAAUGCUCUCCACAGGACAGAAGUCAAAGCUGGAAUAACUACUCUAAAUGCAUCAGUGACACACCUCUUGCAGCAUCUACUAUUAAAGAUGUCAUCUGGUGUCUUUCUGAUCCACCCUGUUACUUGUCUGGAAACAAAAGCAAGUUGAAAAGAACUGUCACACAUAAACCAUGUGAGACAAUCAUAGGUGUGUAUGUGUGCCUUUGAAUCUGACUGUGACAGCUGUCUAGCACCUCUAUUUGCAAGAUCACUUCCUUAUUUAGCUGUUUCUUGGCUCUCAAUUAAUUUUGAUUAGUUGCCCUGAAGGAUAAAGGAACAAAGUUUACAAUAUGUUCUUUACACAUUUCCCCCCAGUGAAUGAAACGUAGAUAUCCAAACGUUCUUGUGGAUUUUGCAUGUGUGCAAAUGACCUGCCCUUAUUGACAAACUGCGAUGAAAGAUGGCGGAGGCUAGGGAUUUAACUGAGCCUGGCAAGUAUUUAACGCCACCACCUUAUGUGACUCAGAGGAACACAAUAGGCUGCAGAAAGGCAGCAGAACCACUUCAGAGAGCAAUCACCUGCCUCUCCUAUAGAAAUCUACAUUAUGUUGUUGUUGUCGGCCUGUUUGUCAAUUUGGCAGGGACAUAUCUUCUUUUAACUGGACACAUCCCAUCUCACACAUCAAGGAACGUUUUGACCUUUGCAAAUGAGCCAAAGUGGUCAAGAGAUCUUAGCUCUGUUUAAUAGGCUUUUUGUUAGUGUUGUAAACAAGCCUUUUCUUACAGUGGCAAUGACCUGACACUGUUUGAGGGACAACAGACACACCCUGGCAGCUGUAAAUAUCUCAGUCUUGUAUGUCUCUGUUGAUAACAGGUUUUCCUCAGAUGUCUUCAUAUAUUGUUUUAGUUUUUUCCUGCAUUCAUCAGCCUCUGUAUCCCGGCAGCAUCUUCAUUCAAGUAGUAAACUCAUUAUAAAAUGUAGAUGAUGGGAGUUACAGAAUAUAAUAAAGCUGCAAUGAAUCCUAACAGUUAAUUCCAACAUGUUUGAGUACAUUCAGUAUCUCAGCCAUUGGUCUGUAUUUGCAAUAAAAAGCCAAACGUGCUCAGGCUUGUCGGUGAUAAAGGAGCUCUGCUUCCUCCAAUUGUGCAAGAAAUCGCACACCCCUUGCAAGAUUUUUAGAUCAGUUGAGAUUCAGGAGUGAAAAGUCAUUGUGAUAUAGAAGCAUCUUUUUACUUCAGUAUUUCCAACAUUUUCUGCAGAAAUUACCAAACAAACAGGCAGGCAAUGAUAGGUACAUUCAUAGUUUUCUGGAUAAGAGCUUCUGUUAUUGAUCAGAGUUGAUUAUUUGCUAUAGUCGAGACAACACUGUAUGGAUACAUUAUAUCCCCGUCAUCAUCGUUUACCCUAGACCGGUGAGAGCAAUGGUCCGUGCACAUCAAGACUCUCAUACAGUGACACCUUACUGGCACAAUUUCAGAGCUCCAUAUCCAUAUCUGAGACUUCUACUCAGACCAUCAUGAAUGCUCGUUCCGGAGAGGUAGGGACAUACCCAGAAGAGUGUGAUAAUCACUGAGGGAGUAACUUAACUUGUCAGAUCGUGUCUGAUGACAACCAGAGGGUAUUGUUUUUGGAUAAAUACUGUAAGACUGUACUUUGACAACUUUGUGGAGGACUUAAGCAAUUCAUUUAAUAGGUUAUUAAUCCCACGUUGCAGAUUUUCAUUUUCAUUCGGGGGUAAGUUAACUUGGGCUGUUUGGACAUUUUUCACAAGUUUUAAGUAAGCAGGAUAUAUGACUCGGUGAUGCAGUGAGAAAGCCUUUAUGUUUAAUAAGCUCUGGCUAGAGAUAAGUGACCCAAGACACACUGAGGUAAAGUACAGACCCUUUAGACAUCAUUAUUCUGGAUGAAAGUGAGUGAUGAAGCAGCAUGUUUGUGUUGAUACAGUGAGAUGUACGGCUGGUACAGAGAUAGUGUGUGAUUAUCCUGUGAUUAUUAGCUUGAGAGACUGUUAGAGGGACUAAUUGAAGCCUGUAGCGGUAGAGAUGGACCACAGUAACAACCCGACUGUCCCCCAUCCACACAGCUGUGAAAUCACCUCCUCUGCUCGCUAUGAAGAGAAGUCACAUUUCCUGGCUUUUGUCAUCAUGCUGUCAGUCACCUUGCUGUUUAUUUGUCCUAGUUCCUGAUCACAUAUGAUUCACAUCCAUAUGAGAGAUGCAGCAACAACAGCAGCCACCCCUGCUGCUCCCUUUGACCAUCCUGUGAGCCUUGUAAUUGAGUUCCCUUGUGUGCCGCGAUGUCCCCUGUUUACCAACAGAAGGGCCAACCAGGAAAAUCAAAGUGCUCUUUGCUUUCCCUUGUGCAGGAAGCCGGAGCGAAGCAGAAUGCCAAGCAGCAAAGAGCGGCACAGCUGCUUGGCCAUGUGCAGAGAAAACAGAGCUAAAUGGCACAGUUUAUAGGGGUCGGUACCUCAUGGUUGGUUUGUGACAUCAGUUCUAAUUGCGUCUUUAUUGAAUAAAUCCUUGAGCUAGUUGCUCUGGGCAAUGUUUAGGGAAAGAAGUUAAUGCAACUGAGAGCAAAGAGUGUGUAUUUCUUCUGAGGUGUUGAUCAAUUUUGUAAGGGAGGAUUUCUAGGUCAAGGGCGCAGACAUGAAGAAGGGCUCUAACUGGUUUUACUUCUCAUUAGCAAACCAGAUUCACUUCCUUUCUGUGAUAUAAUGUUUUUAUUAUUAUUAUACAUUUAAAUCCAGCGGUGCCAGUCACACCAUGCAGCUUGAGUGUACCGCUACAAAGAAAAGGCUACUUUUAUCGACAGGGAACAGAAAAAAAUGAUACUUCCUUUUUACGUGGAACUAGAAAGCAAAUCUAACUUGCUAAAUUUAUUUGUACUAAGUGUAAAAACUUAGGGAACAUCUCCCACUGUCGGAGGCUGUCCUGCCCACCCUCAGCAGGCAGUUGGCAGGGUCGUUAGCUUGAUUAAGCUCACCUGGGCUUUCUAGGCUGUAAAAGCCGUCUCUCUCUUUCCCUUUCUAUAGCUACACCUUCAACACUGCCACAGCACAUAUGCCACCCAUCAAUGCAAUGCUUUUAUUUGCUGACAAUGCUGAUCUCCAGACUCCGUUGUGCGAGUUAACCUUAGCUUAAUAAAUUAUGUUUGACUUUAGGUUACAACCCCAUAUUCCCAGAGCCAUUUUGUGACAAUAAACACCUGUAAAAUUAUUCAAAACCGCGUAGUUCUCUCUGGAGUAGGUGUCUCCAGGACCACACUUUGUCACAAUGACACAUACACACAGAAUCACAAUGUGAAAACAAUUACUGCCACACGCAGAGACGGCUAAGGAAGGCUGUCGUCAUAUCAUACAGUUUGUGAACUCGUAAAUUCCAAAUUGUGUGUCACUUAAUUGUUCUUGUACAUUGUGAUUUCCAGUAGGCAGAAUUAGAAUUAAUGACAUAUCAACAGCGCUGGAUGAUUAAGAGUCCUUAAAAAUACUAGUUGUUGCAUGGUGAGUAAUGUUAGGGAGGAUUCAGUCAUUCAGCUACUGAAUCUUUUAUUGUAAAGUAAAACAAAGCUGAAGGAGUGUUGCAAAUAUGUCCUUGCCUCUCCUAGUCAAGUCUCCCGUACCUGAUUGUCCAGAUGUUGCAGGCAGAAAACAAUAUGUUGUUCAGUUAGGUUUCCUGUUUUCACAGAGAAAGUACAUGCAGAGAUUUUAUUCAGUAUGUCUGUUUUAUGUCAUUUUGUUAUUUUUUCAAUAGCUGGCUAAUCAGAUUUUGAAUUUCCAGCGUUUGUUACGUGGUAAAGGCAAUUGGACUGGUUUUUCUCCAACUAGAAAUACAGUAUUCUGUAAAUUAUGACAUUCACUGCUUCAACUUGUCACAUUUCAGUGGCUCAGUCAGUGACAAUUAUUCCAACUGAGAGAGCUGAAUUUCAGUGUUUCUCCUGCAACAUAUUUUUGCUGUGUCAAAUUUAGAAAGCGUAAACAAAGUUUCAGUGCUUAGUUGUUGCUGUGGGAAGUUUUUUUUUUUUUUUCAUAGGGGCCUUCUUCAUAUCUUCUCACAACUAUAGUAAAAGCAAAAGAGGAAGGAGUUUGAUGAGGAGGCUGCGAAUGAAGGAAAUAAGCUACGGUUAGAGUGACAUGUCAUUUCCUGGUUGCUCGUUUGACGUUUGGAAGACCAGAAAAGAGCGAGUCUGACGGAGCGGUGUGCAGCUUCUGAGCUGCUGGCUGGAGACGUCACUGAAGGCUCAUCUGAGACUGGGUUCCACAAGAACCUGGCACCCUGCUCAGCCGCAUGCAAUGAGAGAUGGACUGGCUCAUAACUCAGUGCCAGUUGAAAGACGUGGGCUAUCUGCAGCAGUGGUUGGAGGCGUUCGUGGCGUCCUUUGAGAGGCUCAUUGAUGUGCAUUCACUGGAGCCUCGGAGGCCGGAGGAGUGCAGCUCCGAGGUGCCCUUGCUCCCCAGGGAGGUCCUGGUGUUCCUCGGCACUCAGCUAUGGCAGAGUGCCGAGCACCUCUCCGACACUGCUGAACCCAACAGAACCACCCCUCACCCCCUGCUCCUCAUCAAGUUCUUCAUCAUUAUCUGCAGGAAUAUGGAGAACAUCGACCCAGAGAAGACCCCUGAUUUUGUUUUCGAAGCCAUCAAGCUUUUGAAUUUCUGUUUGGACCAGCUUAAGAAGGGACAAGGGGAGCAGUCUUCUCUGCAGACGGUUGUGCAGUAUGGACUCGUGCUGUGUGAAAGCCUGUUUGACCCUUAUCAGACGUGGAGGAGACGCCUGGCAGGGGAGGCGGUGAGCUCGCUGGAGAGGAACAAGUAUAAGUUCUCCCCGCUGGCCUUGCCAGAGGAGUUGCCUGCUCUUUUUCAUGAAAGUCUCCAGGAAAGCGAGCAGAUCCCAGAGCUCCUCACUCUCAGAUUCGUUCUUCUCCAGGGUGCUGUCAUCAGUGGAGGAAAGAAGAAUGGCCUUCUUUCCAUCACCACUCACUCUGUUGAUGACCUGUUGUCCGUUCUGCGAGCUUGGUGCAACCAGACCUCCCCUGAACCCAAGAGCACAAAGCUCUCACGGCUGACCCUGCAGUGCUUGACCGCGAUGAUCCACCUCCUGCACUCCAGCAGCCCUGCGGAGCGGCAGGUUGAGAUCAAGACGAUCCUGGAGAGCUACUUCCAGCUCCUCAACUGGAACCGUCCACUGAUCAGUGAGCAGCUAGAGAGGCAGAGCUGGGAGGACAGCCUGAUCUCCCUCCAGAGACAAAUGCUAACUGCUGUUCCUGAGAUCCUGCAGUGCUCUGACAGGCCAGUCCUGCAGGCCGUGUUCCUCAACAACAACUGCUUUGAACACAUACUCAGGCUUGUUCAGAACAGCAAGCUCUUUCAGAGCAACAUGCAUAGCCCGGAGCGUGAGGUUGUUUCUGACCCCACUACAUGUUUACUCUCAGAGGUCGAAGUGGACCAGGUUCUGGUGAAAGGAUCAGACAGUAUUACAGUUCAUGCGCUAGGAGUCCUCACAGCUAUAAUGAGUAACUCACCCUCUGCUAAGGAGGUUUUCAAGGAGAGGAUUGGCUACUCCCAGCUGUUUGAUGUGCUUAAGAGUCAAGGUCAACCCACCAAAAGGCUUCUGCAGGAGCUGAUGAACAUGGCAGUGGAGGGCGAGCAUGCCCACGCCCAUCACCUUGGCAUUAGUAACGAGCAGCCUUUGCUGCUGCUCCUGCAGUGGCUGCCUGACCUGUCGGGUCAGAGGGACCUUCAGCUGCUGGUGGCCCAAUGGCUGGCUAUGGUCUGUGGUGGCUCCUUAUCCUGCCGCACCGUGGCUGUGGAGGCGGACAUGGUGGGGGCUCUGCUGCAGGUGCUCUCACAGCCCCAGAAUCUUGACCGGCAGUGUGCAGACACCCUGCUGGGCCUCCUGCAGGACCUGGGCUCCAUGUGUCUGAGACCAGAGGAGCUGAAGAGCCUGCUCAGACUGCUCAGGGUGGAUCAGGACAAUGGUGCAGUGGUGGGGAAGGUGCACCCUUACUGCGCUCGCGUCAUUCAAGUGCUCUCAGCCAUAGCGGCCAGAGAAGGCCAGGGCAGUGCCCUGCAGUACUUUGAUCUUACACCCCCCAUGGCUGGUAUUAUGGUGCCCACGGUCCAACGCUGGCCAGGCAGCGGUUUUGCCUUUCACGCCUGGCUCUGCCUCAACAUGGAGUUCACCAACAACCGUAAACCAUCUGCCACCUCUAGUACAGGGGCUCAGCAUGAGAUGGGCAAGGGACCACGCAGGAAGCAGCUCUACAGUUUCUUCACAGCAAGUGGAACUGGGUUGGAGGCUUUCUUCACCAUGGAGGGAGUGCUGGUGGUGGCUGUUUGCACAAAGAAAGACUACAUGGCUGUCGCGCUGCCAGAGCACCCACUAACUGACUCAUGCUGGCACUCGGUGGCUAUAGUCCACAUCCCAGGCCGUCGUCCGUUUGGUCAGAACCUGGUCACCAUCUACAUCGACGGAGAGCAGCUUAAAAGUGCUCAGCUUCGCUUUCCAUCUUUCAGUGAGCCUUUUACCUCCUGCUGCAUUGGAUCUGCAGGCCAUCGGACCACUACCACCACCACCUCCCCCAACCUGCCCACGUCCUCGUACUCCAACCCAUCGCCUGAGUUUGCCUUCCCCUCCUAUGGCCCUUCCCUCAUGCGUUCCCAGUCCUUCCCAGCCACCUUUGCCGGAGGCCGCGGCGGGGCUUUGAGAGACUCCCCAGUGCACACCAUCCCAGCAGGACUGCAAGACACAGAGUGGGGAACACCCACGUCUCUGGAUGGGCUCCUGGGCACCGCCUUCAUCUGUCACGAGGCUCUGCAGCAGACACAGACAAGAGCUCUGCAUGCUGCAGGCCCCAAUCACGUGUCCCUAUUCAAAGCAGAGGGAGAGUUGUCUGAUCUCAACAGCAAGCUUCUGCUCUACUACACUCCACAGGCCUUCAAGGGCCAAAUAUGUCUGGACCUGUCGCCCAAUCACCAAUAUGAUGGCAGGUUUACAGGACACAGGGUAGUGAACUGGUACAUCAAGGAUGUUGUAAACGUGGUGGGAGGUAUAGGGGUUUUGCUGCCCCUGCUUGAGCAGGUAUGUGAGGCUGAGCAGCUUUGCAACGGCAGUCAGGAGAUCGCAGACCUGCUGGGACAAGAGCUCACCUCCCCCAGAAGCCCUGCUGCUAUGCUGCUGCCACUGAACAAGUCUGCAGAGGUAAGACUAGAGAGAAACAGCAUCGCAGCCUUCCUGCUGAUGGUGAAGAACCUGAUUCGUCAUCACUCUGUCAAUCAAGAGAGCCUGCUGCACUGCCAUGGGCCGAGCACAAUAGGAGCCAUGCUCAGCAAAGUUCCUGACAGUAUGAUGGACAUGAACGUUUUAACGGCCUGUCAGCUGCUGCUGGAGCAGGUUUUCAACGAGGGCAACAGCACACUUGUACAGCAACUCUACCACCACCUUCUAUUUGAUUUCCGCAUCUGGACUAAAAGCCAUUCUACUGUUUGUCUGGCCCACGUGCAGUACCUGGCUUCUGUGAUAAACGAAGGCAAGCAGCGCAUGAAGAGGAAGUACGGGGUCCAGUAUGUUCUGGAUACCAUUCGCACAUUCUACAGUGUGGAGAGAGAUGGCAGCAGUCUGUCUGAAGAAAAGCAGAUGAUUCAAAACUCUCUGUUCGCCUUGCUGAAAGACUUUCUCAAGUCUCCUACACCAGAAGACCUUCACAGUGUCCUCGCCUACAUUCUGACUGUCGGAGAAGAGAAGCAGGCUGUGAUGGCCUCGGAUGUGCUCUAUGAACUCUUGAAGGGCAGCCCUCCUCGUGAGCAGGUGCAGGCCAUGCUGCUGGACUGGGGCGUGGAGCAGCUGUACUGCUUGCUGCUCACUCCAAGUUUCGGAGACGAGGCCAGAGAGCGGGUCUUCAGGGUUUUAUACAAAAUCCUCAAAAGCGAGCGUGUUUCUGAGCGCAACAAGCAGCGCAUCAAACUGAAGGAUUUCGGAUAUCUUGGCCUGGUUUGUCUCCUUGAUGAAAUUCCGGUAACCAUGACCACCGUGCGAUGUCUGUACGAGCAGGUCCUUGCUACAGAUGCGACCCCCAACUUCCGAGAUCUCCUGGCUGUGGUCUGUCUAUCCCAUCGAGCUGAGCUCACUGUCCGCUUGGACGUCUGCCGCAAGCUCUUUCAUCUGAUCUACUCCAACGAAGAUUAUGUGAAGCAGCUUGCAAGGCAGCCCGGCUGGCAGGAUGUUUUGACCAAGCUCUAUGUCAAAGAGUUUUACGAGUCCCAUGCUGCCAGCAUCGCAGGCUCCAGCACCCACAGCUCCUUCGAGCCAAACAACCGGCCACCGCUGUGCAGGAAUCAGGCUCUGGUAAUAGAAGACGCGCACUCAGACAUCUUCCUGAGCUACCGCACCUCGCAGGACAUCGAGGAUGAGGUGGAUGUAGGUGGCCGGCGGGACAUCUCUGAUGGAUUCUCUGAUUUAUCCCAGUCGCCUCCAAGUGGAGGCGGAGGUGGAGGUACGCCUAAAACCUUCACCGGCUCCCUCCAUUUGAAGUAUUUUGAUUCGGUGGACCAAGGAAGUCACUCGUCCUCCACCUCCAACGUGGUUGAUGUCCCCACAUCUGGCCCGGACGAGGAGGGGAGAGACUACCAGCCCCAAUCCCCCUUUAGCAACCCGUUUGAUAUGGAGCUAGGGGGCAUGGGAGACACUGGCACACACACACCUGCAGGAAGUCUGACAAACACACCAUCUCCUCUUGAGCACUGCAAACCCUUUCCACCUGCCAGACCCAGGAAGAGCUCCAGUCUGUCCAACGUGCUGGAUGAUACCAGCUAUGGGACAGACCCUCCAACUGGAGACACAAUCUCCAAUACGUCCAACCCACAGCAGACCCCUGAGGAAGAGCUGUGCAACCUGCUAACCAACAUUGUCUUCUCCGUGCUGUGGAGCGGCAGCGGGGCGGAGACGACGGAGGACGUGGUGUGGCGAGAGAGAGGACAGGUCUUUUCUGUUCUCACCAAACUGGGCUCCUCCUGCCAACUGGUCCGCCCUCCCGAUGAUAUCAAACGCAGUCUGUUGGAGAUGAUGCUGGAGUCGUCUCUGUCCGACCUGAGGGACGCCCAGGGAGUGUCUCUGCCUUUCUGUCCCAGUUUGGUUCGGCUCCUCAGGCUGCUGCAGGACUUCCUGUUUGCUGAGGGUACAGACAACCACACGCUGUGGAGUGAAAAGAUAUUUGAGGGGGUGGUAAACCUGCUGGACAAGUUGAAGGCCUGGCAUAGCACCCCUGGUAGCCCUGGGAACACAGAACUGAAGGAAAUGGCCCAGAUUGGCCUGCGUAUCAUCACUGGAUAUAUCAAACAGCAGCACUCACAGGUGUGCGUGAUGGCCUACGUGAAGCUCCACAGCCUCCUCCAGACGGUGCUGUGUCUGAGCUGGGAGGAGGUGUGCUUCCUGCUGGGGCAGCUGGGCGCCCCCCUGUGGCCUGGAGGUGUAGUGGACAGCACCAGCUGUGGACAGGCAGAGACUUUCUCCCAGAUUGUGCCCGUCGUGCGCACACUGCUCGACCAGCAUGCCGACCCCGUCACUCUCCAAAACCUACUCCCCAACCUGCCCGUCACUAACGGCAGCACCACCUUCGCCCAGGACCUGAAGGCCUACUGUCACACACUGGAGUGGCAAGGGUUUUACCAGCAGCAGGUUCAGCCCACCAUGGAGCAGUACGAGCUGGACACGUUUGGGAGGAGCCAUGACAUCAUGUCCAAUUUCUGGAAUUCGUGCUUCGAUGACCUGAUGAAUACAGCCUUUAAAAGGGACAAGGAAAGAUCAGACAGCAAGUCCAAGUUUCAGGAAGUGAUCGUGGACCCCUACCUGAAGCGAGUCAGAAUUGAGAACAACAGGUACCAUAGUUGUCAGAAGCAGAGCUCCAGUCACCAGGGGGUGGUGUGGCAGCACUGGCGAGCUCUCCGCAGGCUUUUGACUAGUGAGAGAGGAGCUUGGGCCAACAAAGUUCAACCAGAGGUGAAGCUGAAAUUGUCCAAUGCAGAGACUUAUUCAAAGAUGCGUCUCAAACUUGUGCCCAACUAUAACUAUGAUCCUCACAGUGAGGCCAGUGCCCUGAGGGACAACAUGGGAGCUGACAGCCCUCGCUCUGAACCCCUCCUAUUGGCUGUUGCAAAGGAAGCAAAAGUAAGCGACAUGGAGGAUGAUCAGUUAGGAGAAGAAGACCUCGUCUUUUUGGAUAACAAGGUGGAGGGAGAAGACGAGAGCCAGAAAGAAAAACUGGUUCUGUCAGAAGACUGUGAGCUCAUCACUAUCGUGGCGGUUGUUCCGGGUCGUCUGGAGGUUACCACCCACCAUCUGUACUUCUAUGAUGGCAGCAGUGAGAAAGAAGAGACAGAGGAAGGAAUCGGGUUUGAUUUCAAGAGACCUCUGUCUCAGCUCAGAGAAGUGCAUUUGAGGCGCUACAACCUGCGACGAUCUGCCCUGGAGCUGUUCUUCAUCGACCAGUCUCACUACUUCAUUAACUUCAAGAAGAAGGUACGAAACAAAGUGUACUCCAGGAUCCUGGGACUGCGGCCCCCCAACCUGUUUUACUUCGGCUCUCGCUCCCCCCAAGAGCUACUAAAGGCAUCUGGACUUACACAGAAAUGGGUAUUCAGAGAAAUCUCCAAUUUUGAGUACUUGAUGCAACUGAACACCAUUUCUGGACGCACUUACAACGACCUGUCUCAGUAUCCUGUGUUCCCCUGGAUCCUGUGUGACUAUACCUCGCCCAUUCUGGAUCUGGAGGACCCGUCAGUUUUCAGAGACUUGUCCAAACCCAUAGGUGUGGUCAACCCCCGCCAUGCACAGAAUGUCAGAGAAAAAUAUGAGAGCUUUGAGGACUCAACAGGCACCAUUGACAAGUUCCACUAUGGCACACACUACUCUAAUGCAGCAGGAGUCAUGCACUACAUGAUCCGCAUGGAGCCGUUCACAACUCUGCAUAUCCAGCUGCAGAGCGGCAGGUUUGACUGCGCAGACAGACAGUUCCACUCAGUGGCAGCAGCCUGGCAGGCUCGCAUGGAGAGUCCGGCUGACGUCAAAGAGCUCAUCCCGGAGUUCUUCUACUACCCAGAAUUCCUGCAGAACAUAAACGGCUUUGACCUGGGACAUUUGCAGAUAUCUCAGGACCCAGUGGCGGAUGUUCUGCUGCCUUGCUGGGCGUCAUCAAGAGAAGACUUCAUCAAGCAACACAGGAAGGCCCUGGAGUGCGAGCAUGUGUCCAGUCACCUCCAUGAGUGGAUUGACCUGAUCUUCGGUUUCAAGCAGAGAGGCGAUGAGGCAGUGAACGCCCUCAAUGUCUUCUACUACUGCACUUAUGAGGGUGCAGUAGAUUUGGAUGCGAUUGCCAAUGAGACCGAGCGCAAGGCCCUGGAAGGCAUCAUCAGCAACUUUGGACAGACUCCGUGUCAGCUCCUUAAGGAGCCUCAUCCUCCUCGGAUGUCGGCUCAGAACGCAUCUAGGCGGCUGGCCCGCCUGGACACUAUGCCUCCGAAUAUCUUCGAGCAGCUCGACAAACUCCGGCCAUUUGUGGAGGUGGUAAGCAAUGGCCUUCCUCUGGUCCAGGCAGUGGUACCAAAGAGCCAGAAUCGCUCCUUCAUCAUCCAGGGCUCAGAUAUGCUGGUGACUGUGAGUUCAAACGGGUUGAUAGGGACACACAGCUGGCUGCCCUACGACAAAAACAUCGCCAACUACUUCACCUUCACUAAGGACCCCACCAUGACUAAUCCCAAAACGCAGCGGUUCUUGAGCGGCCCGUUCUCUCCCGGGGUGGAGAUCAGCGCUCAGGUGCUGGUGGUGUCCAACGACGGCCGCCUGCUGUUCAGUGGAGGACACUGGGACUGCAGUCUCCGUGUCACCCAGCUGGGGAAGGGCAAGCUGGUGGGCAGGAUCUGCCGGCACAUUGACGUCGUUACUUGCUUGGCUCUGGAUCUCUGUGGCAUCUACCUCAUCUCUGGUUCAAGGGACACAUCCUGUAUAGUGUGGCAGGUUCUACAGGAGGGCGGCUUCUCCAGCGGUCUGUCUCCUCGGCCAGUGCAGAUCCUCUGUGGACAUGACCAGGAGGUCACCUGUGUGGCCAUCAGCACUGAACUGGACAUGGCUGUCUCAGGGUCAAAGGAUGGGACUGUGAUAGUGCACACUGUUCGACGAGGCCAGUUCCUGCGAACGCUGCGGCCUCCUGGUGAUAGCUGUGUACCUGCCAUAAUCUCCGAGCUCCAGGUGGGCAUGGAGGGCCACAUUGUGGUACAAACCUCGCUGGAGGAACGCUCUCAUAGAAAGGGCAAGUACUCCAUUCAUGUUUACUCAGUAAACUGCUGUCUGCUGUCCUCCCUCACCAUGGAGGAGGAGGUGACCGCUCUCCACCUGGUGUCUGAACACAUCAUCAUUGGGACCAUGGGGGGCAGUCUCCACAUACGAGAGUUAUGCAGUCUGGACGCUCCGGUAGCGCCCCUGGCCUUGAAAGUUCCUGUGAGGAGUGUGUCCGUCACCAAAGAGUGCAGCCACAUCCUAGUGGGACUAGAGGACGGGAAGUUGAUUGUGGUGGGGGCAGGGAAGCCAGAGGAGGUUCGCUCGGGACAACUCACCCGUCGCAUUUGGGGCUCAACACGCCGCAUCUCUCUGGUGUCGGCGGGUGAAACGGAGUAUAAUCCCACUGGGAAUGCUGGUCAGUGAGAUGAGCAAUGGUGGAGGACUUUGCAGGCUGCAGAUACCUGCACAACCAAGACGCUCGGCAGACUCAACAAGGCCUUCGUUCCCUUCACAAGCUGGGAAACUAUCCUCCUCAGCCACUGAUUUCUCUGAGAGAACACCUAUACACUGUGCACUUUUUUUUUUAUUCUUAAACGGUUUUAUAUUUGAUUGUGUAUUUCAUUUACUGUUGUGUACUGUUUUUAAUCAGCAUCAUUCCAAAGAGUGGCCUUGUUUUUGUGGACGGAGAAGAGCUCAGUGUUCGAGGCUGUGAACAGUGAGUCACAUUUCAGGGAUGUGACUCAUGCUGAUGCACAUGCAGCAUCAGACACUGAGAGAAGCAACGCUGUGAACUCUCCAGGCUCCGUGUUCUUUGGAUUCUUUCUUGUCAGAGGAACAGCUGUGAUCUCUGUCCUGUUUGUUGUCCCAAACCCAUUGUCUUGGCAAUGGCACCUUUUUUACAAAACUCCUGGAAACUUGAAACUGAUGUAGGUGUUGCUUGAGAUUUCCACAUUGCAAUACUGUUAUAUACCACAUGGGGGUUGACUUUGUAAAAGAAAGAUACAGGGGGGUAACUGGUCACUGAAUUGAACCAAUGCUGUGUUGUGAUCUUCAGCGGUCGUGGUAAAGAUUUGCUGAUCCUAGCAGCAGAAGUGCACCGCAAUACCACAGUGUGUAAUCCUGCAUUCCUUCAGGCUCUGCGCAAUGCAAAACUGUUACAAUUAAAGCAAUAACGGCUUUAAUGGUCAAGUAUGUGAAACAUAUUCACUUUUUUUUAUCAUAACUGUGGAGUUUGAAUGCAAUGAAACUCAUGAGGAGUGCCUUCUGUUUUCUUAAACACAACGGAGUGAAGACCUUUACAUAAUGCGUUUGUAAGAGUUUUGUUAUUAUUCUGUUCAUCACACGACUAUAUCCCUGUUUAAUUCAUCUGAAAGUGCCUUUUUUUUAGCUUGUGUCUUGAGCCAUUUUUAAACACUGAAUUCCGAUCAUCUAUUUCUAUGUGAGAUCACUGUAUCAGACUGUACCCCUGCUGAUUUGAUUUAAACACACCGUACUACUCUAUAUGACUCGGAUGUGGAUAAGAUGUUGUUAAUGAACACACAAACUGUUGGUUGGAAGCACAUACUUGCCUGUACUGGUAUUGUACUGUUUUAUGAAGCGCUGGAACAUCUGAAGACAAUGAUGACUCUUGAACCAUGUGAGCGUAAGUCUGUGAGUGAGUUGCAGAGGAAUUCACUUCCUGCCAGCUUCUUUUGCUGCGGUUGGAACAAAUUGGUUGUUAUGCAGUGUCAUGACGGGACAGAGACAAAGGGAACUAUUUGGGAGAAUACAUUUCCCAUAACAUGGCGCGCACAUACAAAUGACCUAGUCUUUGUAAGUGAUUCUCAAAAUACCUUAAGUGUAAGCAAGAGGAGACUAUUUGAAAUGUUUACUUAUCAAUUCAUCUGCUUUUCACUCUGGAAAUACACGAAGUCAGGACAUUGAGGCUGUCUAAAAUCACAUUUUAUUCCAAUCGUACAACUAUAAGAUGAGAUGCUGUCUGUGAAUCUAAAGGUUUGUUUGAAUAAGCAGCUCAAACACGCAUUUGAUAAUUUGCUAUUGUGCAUAAUGAUAUCGAUUCAUAAUGCUGCUCCAGUUUACACUAGUUGUUAAUGUAAUAUAUCACUUAAUUAUGCAGUAACAGUCUUUAUUUUAAUAAAUUAAGCAUUGGGUCUAAAAUACAAUCACAGUCUAUCAAAACAAUAAGUUGAAGUUAUGAUGUUUUUAGUAAUAUUUUUUGUUCAAAUGUCCUGAUUUAGAUUCAAAGUGAUCCUACAAAAAGGCUGCUGAAGGUCAGCACUGCCUUGAAUUUGGAUUAUAAUUUAGCUUUUGUGUUCUCUAAAGAUAUUGAAAAUACACUUUGCUUUUUAAAAAUCAAGCAGUCUGUGCCUUUAACACGACAGUGGGAAUCGUGAUUGUUUGUGCUAAUGCUCCUUCUUGAAAUGAUCCUAAUAUGGCCAAUAAUUGUCCCUGCUCACUUAAAUUCAGGAAUCCUCUUUUCUAUGAACCACUGCCCAUAUCCUGAGUAUGGUCGCCCAUUACUGAAAAAUGAGCCAUGAUUCUUGUUUGUGAACCACAACGGGAAGGAAACUGAUCCGCUGCUGCAACGUAGAUCAUCCAGCUCCUCUGCUGUAAUCCCAGUCUCGCAUGCGUCUGUGACGUUAACUCUAUUACAGUUGAAAAGGUCACGGUGAGCAACAGCACAUUUACUUGAAGAGGAGACUUUGAUCUCCUGGUGGGCCGAACAUCCUGUCGGCCUCCCCAUAAACACCUCCGGGGAUACAAUUCAGAGGGGUGGGGAGGGGUGAGGCGGGUGAUAAAACCAACCUGAAGACCCCCAGUCAAAUACAAAUCACAGAAUAGUGAAUAAGGGAAGUGGAGUGGGAGGGUGAAGAGGGAUGCAGUCACUCUGAUGUGGCUCCAUUGACAAUGGUGGGAGGGGUUGACACCUUGCUCUUGCUUAUUGGCAGUAUCUCUCUCUGACCUCUGCAGACUGAGGGGAUGGAUGUCGUGAAAUGCUGCAAUUUUGGUGAUGCUCAAGUUGUUCCUGCCAAGAACCGCAGCAACCCUCAAACAGGCCUCCGUCAACGACCUCAACCCUCCCCCCUCUCGUCCUCUCCCCCUCUGGUUGAUUCCUCCUCUGCCUGUGAACAGCACAAUCAUGUUGUUGUUUUUUGUAGCUGCCUUAUCGUUGCCAUGCAUGUAUGACCACAGAGGAACUCGGGCCUCAGAUAAAGAGUCUGCGGCCCCACAGCGAGAUGACGUAGCCAAGCAACGAAUAAAGAAGGGAGGGGAACUG